ACUCAAGCAGCAGGCACUGCGCGAAUCGACAACCCGUUGUCUGCAGCAGCAAGCAUGAACGCCUGGGUCAUCGUAUUAGGACUCUGCGCCUUCGUAUCGACGGCAACGGCAGGGGGCUAUGGCGGUGGCCAUGGAGCGAUCAUCUUGGCCGGGCACGGUGGUGGUUAUGGAGGAGGCGGACAUGGCGGUUACAGCAAAGUGGUGCCCGGACCCUCAUUCCUAGUGAGCACUGUGCACCAUGUGCACAAGAUCAGCCACGGUGGGGCCAUUAUUGGCGGCUACGACUUGGUUCCCCACGGUGGAGGACAUGGAGGAGGCUAUGGAGGUGGCUACGGCGGAUACGGUGGACAUGGAUGGUGAUACAGCUCGCCAGGAUUAUCUGUGCUGUCAUUACACAUUCGCCAACCAUACACAAGAUGAUGCACAAAUAUCAGCGCACUUCAAAACAUUUCCCUUGCUAAAACAAGGCUGUACAUAGACAAUAAAUAAAGCUAAAGUUUUGUUGGUUAUAAAAC